AUGCAAGCAGUGGGGAGGCUUGGCAGCUACAUCAGCCGCGGCGUGUACACUGUUUCAGGGCCGUUUCUUCCUUUUGGUGGGGCAGUGGACAUUGUUGUGGUUCAACAGAAAGAUGGGAGCUUCAAAUCCUCUCCUUGGUAUGUUAGGUUUCGGAAAUUCCACAGGGUUUUGAAAGAAAAGGUGAAGGUUCAUGUUAGUGUCAACGGGGUAGAGCCUGAUUUCCACUUGUAUUUGAACCCUAAAGGGGAAGUCGUUUUCUUUCAUGGAGAUACGCAAGAAGAACAAGAAGGGGAAUCUAUAUUUGGUAGUGAAAGGGAAAGUGAUUGUAUCACACAACAGGGUGGUAAGAACCAUUUCGAAUCCAGAAGUCGGAGCUUUGAUUCACAGGACACGUCAAAUGCAGAGGCUAAAGUUGUUGGUAGAACUAGGUCUCGCCGCUCCCGAAUUCUAGGGCUUGUGUCAAGGUCUUUGAGAGAGGAGGGUAGAAAUGGAGAUGUCUAUGGGGUGGAUUACGUGGAGCGUGCUGAGAUUGCAGCCAACUUGUUGGAGCUGAAGUGGUCCACCAAUCUCACUUUUGAUCAUCGACCGCCUCGUGCAGACAGGGAAAAAACUAGGGGUGAGGCCUUGAACAAUGGUUUACUUUCACCACCGUGUAAAAGGAAGGAGGAAUCUUGUUCUUGCAGUGAGCAAGAUGGUAUCAGAUCAAAGCCUGUGUCUGAUGAGAUGUUGUGCCUUGCAGGUGCAGGAUGUGGAGGCGUUCAUCUCCAUGAUGAGGAGGUCUUGCAAGCUGGAACUCUAGUUCUACCUGAGGUUAAACAAAGUGAGGAAGUCACUAAGAGUUUUGACACUGGGAGAACAGUAACGAAUGACACUCUGUUACAAUCGCAGGAAAGAGAAUGUUCCCAUUCUGGUAUUUGUACUGCGGGGGAUGUUGGAGACCUACCAACAUUUCGAAAAUCCCAAAGUGUCAAUAUUGGUCUAAGAGAUUGUGCAAUAAGGAAUGUUAGUGCAAAUACUCCAACGUCUGAACAAUUAGAAUCCUUAAAUCUGAAGGAAGGGAGGAACACAAUAACCUUCAGUUUCUCCACAGCUACGGGGAAGCAGCAGGUUGAUGCUCAUAUAUAUUUGUGGAAAUGGAAUACUCGUAUAGUGGUAUCAGAUGUAGAUGGGACAAUUACAAGGUCAGAUGUUCUAGGUCAAUUCAUGCCAUUAGUGGGAAUCGACUGGUCCCAAACAGGAGUUGCUCAUUUAUUCUCAGAUAUCAAGGAAAAUGGCUACCAGUUACUUUUCCUCAGUGCUCGUGCAAUAUCUCAGGCCUAUCACACCAGACAAUUUCUAUGCAACCUUAAGCAGGAUGGGAAAGUUUUGCCAGAUGGUCCUGUUGUUAUUUCCCCUGAUGGACUUUUUCCUUCUCUAUAUCGAGAAGUUAUCCGGAGGGCUCCACACGAGUUCAAAAUUGCAUGUUUAGAGGACAUUAAGGCACUUUUCCCUCCAGAUUGCAAUCCGUUCUAUGCUGGUUUUGGAAAUAGGGAUACAGAUGAAAUCAGCUACCUUAAGGUUGGAAUACCGAAAGGAAAGAUAUUCAUCAUUAAUCCGAGGGGAGAGAUUGUUGUAAAUCGACGAUGUUUUGACACACAAUCAUACACCUCUCUGCAUUCUCUUGUGAAUGGAAUGUUCCCCCCUACAAACUCAUCCGAACAGAUAGAUGCAGGACUGCAUGCUGUGCUGCUCCAAGAAUUAUAUAGCUUAUCUACAAUAAUUUCUAAGCCUGAUGAAAGCAGCAUCAUUCUGUGGAAUUCGAUGGACAGAGGAUUUAUGACAGCACAGUAUACAAUUUUGCCUGCUUCCUGCUUCCUGCUUCAUUUACAACUUCUUCGGCUCAGAGGUGUAAACAUCAGAUAG